AUGGCCGCCACGACGGGCUUCGUGAACCCGAUUGCCAACCCUGCGCGGUACAAGAAGUACAAUGGCGUCAACUUGGAAACUUUGUGCAUGGCUGCAUACCAAGGAGACAUUGAGCAGCUGGAAGUACUCCUGCGCAAGGGGGAUGAGGACCACAUCUUCAAUGGUGACGUAAACACUCACUACACGGAUGUCAACGCGCUUCACAUGGCCUCCAUGGCCGGCCAUGCAAAAUGCGUGAAGUUGCUCCUCGAGGCCCAGGCCGACCCACACGUGCGCUGCGUAGCGCCUGAAGGCAAGGACCCCAAAACAGCGGAGACCGCCAAGGACAAGGCGACCAAGUUCAAGCACAAGGAGGUCAUCACCCUGCUUGAGAAAGCGGAGGGGCAGACUGCCAAGGGCUGGUACCAGGAGGAUGGCAUCGCGAACAACCAGAAGCUGUAUGCCGAGCCGAAACCUGCGAAGAAGGUGGCUCCCGCGGCUGCCCCCAAGGCAGAGCCGAAGGCGGAGGCGAAAGCAGAGCCCAAGGCGAAGGCGAAGGCCGAGCCGGGUAAGCCCACGCUGCCGGUGGCGCUGCUCUUCCCGGGCCAGGGUUCUCAGUACGUGAAGAUGUUGGAUGGUGUGAAGGACAUGCAGGAGGUAAAGGACAUGCUCGCCAAAGCCUCCAAGAUUCUGGGUUAUGACCUCUUGAAUAUGUGCAUGGAGGGUCCCGAGGAAAAGCUUGCCGAGACCAGGUACUGCCAGCCUGCGAUGUUCGUCGGCGGCCUUGCCGGAGUCUGCAAGCUGCAGGCGCAGAAUGCUGAGGCCGCUACGCGGCCUCGGUGUAUGGCCGGCCUGUCCCUGGGCGAGUACACGGCGCUGUGUGCUGCUGGCGUCCUCAGCUUCGAGGACGGCCUCACGCUGGUGAAGCUACGGGGUGAGGCCAUGCAGGAGGCCGCGCAGGUUGGCAAGCAGGCCAUGAUUUCAGUGGCUGGCUUGGACCAGAAGGCCCUCGAGCAGUGCUGCGCGGAGGCCGAGAAGAAGGAAGGGCAGGGCGCCGUGUGCCGCAUUGCCAACGCGCUCUUCCCCAAGGGCUUCUCUUGCGCCGGCACGGAGAAGGCAGUCAAUGAGUUGAAGACCAUCGCGGAGAAGAAGGGGGCCCUCCAGGCGAAGCUGUUGAAAACCGGCGGUGCUUUUCACACCUCCCUGAUGCAACCGGCGCAGGAGAAGCUGGAGAAGGCUCUCCAAGAGGCGCUGCCCAAGAUGAGCCCCCCAACCUGUGAUGUCUACAUGAACGUCACCGGCCAGGUGCUACCUGCAGGAACCGAUCCCAAGGUCAUCCUCGAGCUCCUCCAGAAGCAGCUGACGAGCCCGGUCUUGUGGACAACAUCCAUCGAGAAGAUGAUCAAGGACGGCAUAACGGAGUUCUACGAAUGCGGCCCUCAGAAGCAGCUAAAGGCCAUGAUGAAGCGGAUAGACAACAAGAUGUGGAACAAAACCACAUCCGUGGAGGUGAUUGGAGGAGGGGGAGGGGAGGAUCGUUUGUUUAUGUAUGCAAAGAACAUCCACAUGCAUUCGCUCCCGUGCGCGCCAGACAAUGACGAGAUGAUGACAGUGGAAGGGCACGUGAAUGACCGGAGACAGCACUGGGCAGAUGCCUGGGCAAAGGGAAGAGUCAGUGAAAAGGCGAAGCCGCGGCCGCGCAAGGGCGGGCGGGGUCGCCGGCGGAGCUCCGCAGCCGGGCUCCUGGCGCAGAUGGCGCACGUCACGGACGACAAGGACAAGGCAUCUCUUCUUCAGCUGGCAGAAGGGUCAGGAGCUCACGGCGAGGAGUGGGGCUUCCUCUCCCAGGCGGCCCAGUAUCUGGAGCGGCUGAAGUCAGGUUUGCUCUUAUCAGAGGAGCAUGUACAGGCCACCAGCCGAUGCUUCGAUCGCCUUAAGAACCCCGACACGAAACUGCUGGCCAAGGAGCUCGUGCCCAAAGCCAUGCAAGACCUUGGUAUCCACAACCCGGACGAGCAGGCAGUGGCUAAGAUCACCGAUGAGGUGGCGCCGUACUCGCAGCUUGACCUCAAUGACUUGAAGGACAUCUUAGAGAAGUGGCUGGACAAGGAGCGUGAAGCCAUGGAGGCGAUCUUCAAAUCCAUGGAUCAGGACUCCAAUGGCAAGGUCUCCAUCAAAGAGCUUUGCCUGUAUCUGGGCGCUAUCGGCAUCGUUCCGGUGCGCACGCGCGUGAAGGAGGUGGUGGACCUCAUUGAUGUUGAUAAGAGUGGUACGUUGGAGUAUGAGGAGGUGGCAUGGGGCCCGGAGUAUACUCUGGCCUUCGUUUUGGAUCAAAGUCUUGCCCCGGCAUGCCUUUCCUCGCCUGCAGUGGCGCAGGAGGAUGCACCACCCGCAGAGCAGUGGCAGGCCCUGGGGAACCGGGGCCUGAAGUUCAUCGAGCUGCGCCCAGGCAAAGGCGUUGCAGCCGAUGAGGGGUCGACGGUGCGAGUUCAAUGGUCCGGCCGCUUGUACAGCAAGCAGGGCUGGAGCUACGGCCGAUGCAACGACCCAGACUGUGAGCUCAGGUUCAAGGUCGGGGACGGGUCGACGAUCGCUGGGCUGGAUGAAGGGAUACGUGGCAUGCGGGAGGGAGGCUAUCGGCGCUUCCUGAUCCCACCGCCGAUUGCCUACCAAGAAGGGCAGGACUUGCAGCCUCUUCCUGACCGAGACGACAUGAAGAGGAGGCUGUACAACACAGUUUUCAACAAGGUCCGCAUCGCCAAUGGCGAGGGCUCUACCCUCGGUACCAUCGUGCUGGACGUGGUGCUCAAGCGUGUGGUUGUGUGA